AUGUUACCACCCUUUUUCCCCCAAAAGCUCACAACUUACAUCACCACCUUGUUGUAUCAGGCCAAGUCUGAAGCGUGCCCCCAAUUCUACAAUUUGAGAGCUGCUCGUUGCAUACGAUACGAGAUGAGGGGACGAUCAGUAUCUAAAUUAGACGAUGAAUUCCAAACUACCUGCAUACAUUUCCGUCGUUCGGAUAAGUAUACGCGGCGUAUGCGAUGUGUCGACUCUCUGCAGACCCUUCUCCGAUUACCUAAGCAUAAAAACCAUAAAUCAAUCAAUAAAAGGUCCAACAUAUUCUUAGGUCCAGGACCUUCCGGGGUCCUGAAGGUCCAUAGCAUGAAGGUCUAUAUAAUCUAG